AUGGAGUCCGAGAAGGGUGAACUACCGCCUUACAGCGCCGUUGAGCGUCCACAGUGGCGCCAACGCCGCCACUUCCGCCGCUCGCGGGGCAUGCGAUUCCUAGCGCUGGCCUGUCUGGGCUUCAUUGUCUACGCACAGUGGAGACAGAUAUCGUCACCGAAGGUUGGAUCGAAGAACGCCGCAGCGCUCUCUGUCGAGAAGCUGGAGGCUGAUCUCGCGACAUGCUCCAGGCUUCGUGCGAAGCCCCAGGACCCAAUUGGCCUCGGCCGUGAGCGCAAUGCCAGGUACAUUGAUGGGCACAAGCCAACACUCAUCAAGAAUGCGACGGUAUGGGUUGGAGAGCCUGUGCAGGGCACAAGCGCUGAUGAUGCCCAUGCCGGAAAAGGGUACUCAUGGAUUAACGCUGAUGUCUAUCUCGAGUAUGGACUGAUCCAAACGGUCGGCAAAGAUAUCGAUUCUGCGUUCCUGUCACCCGAUGUCCUAGUUUGGGACGCCAAAGGCCGCCAGCUCACCAGUGGCAUCAUCGACAUGCAUAGCCACUCGGGCGUGGACAGUCUGCCGCAGCUUGUCGGCAAUGAAGACACCAAUGAGAUGUCUUCCGAUAUCACGCCCUACGUCAGGUCCAUUGACGGCAUCAACCCACUUGACCAUCAGAUCCAGGUGAUCAAGUCAGGUGGUGUAACAACUAGUCUGGUAUUGCCAGGGUCUGGAAACAAUAUCGGCGGUGAAGCUUUCGUCAUCAAGCACGCUGUGGGAAAGUCGGACGGGCGAAAUGAGACUUCCGCCACGGAUAUGCUUGCUGACCCGGACCGGAACUGGAGAUAUAUGAAGAUGGCCUGCGGAGAGAACGCCAAGCGAGUGUAUGGCAAAGUUGGCGAGCACGGACCUGUCAGCAGACUGGGCGAGUCAUGGGAGUUCCGUCAUGCGUUUGAGACGGCAGCGAACCUCAUUCAAGCCCAAGAUGACUGGUGUGACCAAGCGGCAGCCAUUGGUGUUGACAACAUGGCCAGCUACCUCCCGCAGGAGCUCAAGUGGGAGUCACUCAGUGCCGCACUUCGAGGGCAAGUUCACAUCAACACGCAUUGUUACACCAUUCCUGAUCUUGAGGCCUUCGUCGAUCACACGAACGAGUUCAAGUUCCCGAUCCGAGCUUUCCAUCACGCACAUCAGACUUACCUGGUGCCCGAGAUCCUCAAGCGCGCUUGGGGAGACUCUCCGCCCGCUUCAGCACUGUUUGCCGACAAUAUGUGGUAUAAGGCCGAGUCUUAUGUUGGUUCCGAAUACGCUGGCAAAAUCUUGUGGGAGAACGGCCUGACACCAAUCUACGUCAGCGACAAUCCAGUCCUGAAUGCCCAACAUGUUGUCUUCGAAGCUGCCAAGGCUUUCGGUUAUGGACUGCCUUACCACGCUGCUCUCGCCAGUGUAACAACCGCCCCAGCAGAACGUCUUGGCCUUGGUCAGAGGCUAGGAAAGGUCAAGCCUGGUUUUGAUGCUGAUGUUGUUGUCUGGGACAGCGAUCCGCUGAGUAUUGGUGCCACCCCUGUUCAAGUUUGGAUCGAUGGCACUGCUCAGUUUGACGACCCUGUAGAGUUGGUUAAGCCUUUUACGGGACCACUCGACGCCAGCGGUGAUCCUGUGAACGCCAAAGAGAAUUUCGUCGAGGUUUCUGAUGUUAUCUUCACGGGUGUGGCAAAGUCCUUUGCAUCGGAGGGGCUAAGUGCUCAGAGCAACGACAACCUCACUGUGGCUAUCACAAAUGGCAAAAUCAGCUGUGUCGGAACUUGCUCCUAUGAAAUCCAAGUUGCAUCCAACUCUGGUGGCCGCAUCAUUCAUUUAAAGAAUGGUCACUUGGCCAAGUCGUUUGUUGCAUUCGGAUCAUUAAUUGGGCUGAAUGCCAUUGACGCCGAGAAAGAUACCGACAAUGGUGCCUCGACUGAGAACUUCAGUCGGGGAGUUGAUGGCCUCCGCCUCGACACGAAAAAGCUACACUACGCCCAUAGAUAUGGUGUGACAAGAGCUAUCUCGGCGCCAAAGUUCACCGGCGGCGCCACACACUUUGGAACUAGUGUUGGCUUCAAGACUGGUGCGCUCCAUACUCUACAGGAGGGAGCGGUUUUUGCGGAUGAUGUGGCAGUCCACUACACUCUUGAUGACACUUCCAAACGGGCUGGCGGCUCAGUUUCCGCUGCCUUGGGUAGCCUACGACACAAACUGCUGAAGGCAGUUGAAGCAAAUGAUACUGCAUCCGACCCAUUCUCCGAAGAAGCUUUUCUCAGGAGAGUUGUGACGGGCCACCUUCCCCUCUCCCUCACUGUCCACAGUGCAGAUGGAAUCGCGGGUGCCCUCAAGCUGAAGAAGCUUGUAGAAGAGGCGGGCAAGUCUGAGAUCACUCUUGUCAUCAUUGGUGGGGCGGAAUCCUACCUGCUCGCAGAUGAAUUGGCUGCCGCUAAGGUCGGCGUCGUUCUUGCCCCUCUCCUGUCAUACCGCAACAGCUGGGAUGAGCGGCGAGCCCUAACCGGCGCACCUCUCACGAACGGCACGGCGGUUGAUAAGCUCAUAGAUGCUGGGGUCGUUACAGCUAUUGGCCUCGAAGAGGAUUGGCUUGUCCGGGACAUGGCUAUCCUGGCAGGUAUCGCGUAUACGAACGGAGGUGGCAGGCUAACGGAGAAAGAGGCACUAGAUCUCGUCGGUGGAAAUGUCUACAAGAUUCUGGGCAUCAAGGCACCCGAGCCGGCCGAGGACUUUGUCGUUUUCGAAGGAAACCCGUUGGAAAUCGGCGCGCACAUUAGAGCUGUAGGGUCCAGCUCGAAGUCCGUGACCAUACUUGAGUAG